CCUUGAGCUGUGGCUGAAAUUUUGUUUUCACCGUAUUGAAAAGAAAACAGAUAUAUGAGCAAUUGAUAAGAUUUCUGAUGUCGCAAUAAACUAUUUUGAUGACUGUGACAAUGAGUUUUUCAAGCGAUGAGGUUAAUUUUCUUGUUUACCGAUAUCUCCAAGAGUCAGGUUUCCAGCAUUCAGCCUACACAUUUGGUAUUGAAUCGCACAUUUCACAGUCUAACAUUAAUGGAGCUCUAGUACCCCCAGCUGCCCUUCUCAGUAUACUUCAAAAAGGAUUGCAGUAUACUGAAGCAGAAAUAAGCAUUGGAGAAGAUGGAACAGAGCAGCGUUUAGUGGAAAGUUUGUCUCUGAUUGAUGCAGUAAUGCCUGAUGUAGUUGCAAGUCGUCAGAAUCAGCAGAAUCAACAGAAACAGCAAAUUGUUAAAACUGAAAUGCAAGACACAAAUGGUGAAGAAGCGGUGACAUCAAAUGUUACUGAAAAUAUGGAAGUUGAUGGCAGUAUUGAAAUCCCACCAAGCAAGGCUACAGUAUUAAGAGGCCAUGAAUCGGAGGUUUUCAUCUGCGCAUGGAAUCCGACUACUGAUUUACUGGCAUCAGGGUCCGGCGACAGUACAGCACGUAUUUGGGACAUGAGUGACAACUCUUCCUCUCCAAAUCAGCUGGUGUUACGCCACUGUAUCCAGAAAGGGGGAACAGAAGUUCCAAGCAACAAAGAUGUCACCUCCCUGGACUGGAAUUGUGAUGGGACCCUAUUAGCAACUGGUUCUUAUGAUGGCUAUGCUCGCAUUUGGACAACAGAUGGACGACUUGCUAGCACACUUGGACAGCAUAAAGGACCAAUUUUUGCAUUAAAAUGGAACAAACGAGGCAACUAUAUUCUUAGUGCUGGAGUUGAUAAGACAACUAUAAUCUGGGAUGCAGCAUCUGGACAGUGCACCCAACAGUUUUCAUUCCACUCGGCCCCUGCGCUGGAUGUUGACUGGCAGACCAAUACGAGCUUUGCAUCCUGCAGUACUGAUCAGUGUAUUCACGUCUGUAAGCUGAGUGUCGACAAACCCAUCAAAUCAUUCCAAGGCCACACAAAUGAGGUGAAUGCAAUAAAAUGGGAUCCACAAGGGAACCUUCUAGCAUCAUGUUCAGAUGACAUGACAUUGAAGAUCUGGUCCAUGAAGCAGGAAACUUGUGUCCAUGACCUGCAAGCACAUAGCAAAGAGAUCUACACGAUCAAAUGGAGCCCCACAGGUCCAGGCACUCCCAACCCAAACAUGAAUCUUAUCUUGGCAAGUGCUUCAUUUGACUCCACUGUUCGACUGUGGGACGUUGACCAUGGCGCUUGUAUUCACACACUUACCAAGCACACAGAGCCGGUAUACAGUGUGGCGUUCUCUCCUGAUGGCAAAUUUCUAGCAUCUGGUAGUUUCGAUAAGUGUGUGCAUAUCUGGUCCACACAGAGCGGGCAGCUUGUACAUAGUUACAAAGGAACAGGAGGUAUUUUUGAAGUCUGUUGGAAUUCCCGUGGUGACAAAGUUGGGGCAAGUGCAUCUGAUGGAAGUGUGUUUGUGUUGGAUCUGCGCAAACUCUGAAGAUCUGAUGUAACACAUGUUAGCUAUUACUGCUUUUUGGUGAUAUACCCAUGGAGAGAAUACAGAAUCAUCAAAUGAAAAUGAGUUCAAAGGCAUGAAUGGAUGGCAAUGAUAGGUUAAUGUGAAGCCUGGAAACUGUCUUGAUGGUAACCCAUUUCAGUCAGAAUUUGAGGGGAUGGAAUGGCCAUAAGCACAUUGCAUACAUAUUGACAUAAGUGCAUCACUGAACAGUGAAGUGUAUGCACAGUAAUAAGGACAGAAUUCUGAAAAAUUGACAACAGACUCUGUGGCUGACAGUCGAUAAAGAUGACUUCUGAUGGAUCUGUAAUGUUAAGUUGCGGACUGUGGUCUGUUGUUGCAAAGUGUGGUUUGAGAUGCUAUUGAUAAUGAACUUUCUCCACAAUAUAUGAAGUGGGAUCACACAACGCAGAGAUUGCUGUUACUGAGGAUUUCCUCAAUGUGACAUACUGCAAUGCCCACAAGGUUAAGACUGCUUUAGAAAAGGCAGGUCCAGGAGGUGCCAUGGCCUGUUUUUAAGUACAAUCUCAGCAUUUAUAUGAAGAAAAGCAGUAUACAUUUGCACACCGUUUCUGUAACUGUAUAUUAUGCAAUAAAAUUGAAAACUACUGCAAAGAAUA